AUGGCGGCCGAGCUCAUCAUCGCCGCCCUCUCCGUGGUGGGCAACCUGCUGGUGUGCGCGGCCGUGGGCCUCGACCGCAAGCUGCGCACCGUCACCAACUACUUCCUGGUGUCGCUCGCCGUGGCCGACGUGUGCGUGGGCGCCGUGGCCAUACCGUGCGCCAUCCUGACCGGCGUGGGCCUGCCGCGCGACAACCUGCCGCUGUGCCUGGUGAUGCUGAGCGUGCUCAUCAUGCUGACGCAGAGCUCCAUCUUCAGCCUGCUGGCCGUGGCCGUGGAGCGCUACGUGGCCAUCUUCAUGCCCUUCCGCUACCAGGCGCUGAUGACGCCGCGCAACGCCGUGCUGGUCAUCGUCGUCACCUGGCUGCUGGCCUUCCUCAUCGGCCUGGUGCCGCUGAUGGGCUGGCACAAGACGCCGCCUCCGGGCUCCUCCGGCCACUGCUUCUUCGUGCUGAUCGUCGACAUGGCCUACAUGGUCUACUUCAACUUCUUCGCCUGCGUACUGGCGCCGCUGGUGGUCAUGUUCCUCAUCUACGCGCGCAUCUUCGCCACGGUCAAGCGGCAGCUGCGGCGCAUCGAGGCCGAGCGUGGCGGCGGCGGCGGGGGGGCCGGUGCGGCUCGCACGGCCGCCAGUGUUAAGCAGGAGAUGAAAACGGCCUCCUCACUCUUCCUGGUCCUCUUCCUGUUCACCGCCUGCUGGAUCCCGCUGCAUGUCAUCAACUGCUUCCUGCUGCUCUGCCCGAGCUGCCCCGUGCCCUUCGAGCUGCUGCUCACCGCCAUCAUCCUGUCGCACGCCAACUCCGUCAUCAACCCCUUCCUGUACGCCUGCAAGAUGAAGGCCUUCCGAGACGCGUUCAAGGCGAUCCUGACGUGCCGUCGGAUGCCGGUGCGAGGGGAGUAG